ACUUCCAAAGACAAAGAUCCAACUAAACUACUCGGGUCGCGUGCCUCUCUCUCCCUCUCUCUCUCUCUGUAUCUUUACUCUUUGGUCUCUGCUCUUUCUCUUCCCACUCUCCCGCUUGGCUCUUCGCCCUCUCUCUUCUUUCUCGAAGUUUCUGUCGUCUUCCCUCAAUGGCUAUCAACCGAGACUCCUCGCCCCCGCCGAUGAUCGGAAAAAUCGGGCCGUACACGGUGUUCAUGACCCCACCUUCCACACCGAAGCCUUCUCAGCGACCGGUCUCCGAUUCGCCCAAAAAGAUCGUCUCUCCGCCUCCUGUGCAGCCUCCGCCGCAACAGUUCAGUAAGUCCACUGAGACCGUGUCGUCCAAUGGGUCCUUCUUGGACUUCUUCAAGAAUGCCGUCACCAAAGUGCAAAACGUGCAUUCGAGUUUGGAUGACCAUUUGGCGCGCUGGUUUGGGUUGAAUCAGUCAAAGUACCAAUGGGCGCUAGACGACUAUUAUGAGAGCAAGGGUUUGGAAAAUGGGGAUGCAAAAGCGAAAGAUAAUACAUCAAGCAAAGUACAGAGUGUGUGAAAUGCUUGUUGGCCGGUAACUUCAUGUUUGUUAUGCCAGAAAUGACUAUUUGGAGGUUCGUGGACCUGGAAAUAUUGUUGGUAUGCAGAUUUCUUUAGAAGUGAAAAUGUCUGCAGACUCUUUUUAAGUAUACUAUAAAUCUAUAUAUAUACCUAUGUAUGGAAUAGCAGAAAUGCAUCCAAUUUGUAAAGGAUCCUUUGUUCAACAUCUGGGAUCUGGUUAAUGCGAUUCUCUCCUAUUGCAGGAGCUAACUGAACUUGAUUGUAUGACACUCAAUGAGCCAUGUAAUCUCGUUUCAAGUUGUUUUUUCUUUUCUUUUCUUCUCUCA